AAAAAAGCAACAAGCAUUAUAUAUUUUCUUUGACGUAUUUGAUGUCAGCAGAAAUGUUUCAUUGAUUUUUCUGUUAACUUUUAAUGCAUCCCAUUUGUGGAGUAAUGAAAAGGCAAUGAUAAUUGCCAUAAUGUAAUCAAAACUUGUAUCCUACCUAAAAAUUAGUUUUCAGAAAACUCAUUGUGUUGUAAUCAGAAGUGAGACCUAAGAGGGCAGAGAGGUUCCCCUGAGUGUGAACUCCUUUUCCCACUUAGGUACUCUUUAAUGUGAUGGGCUUGGGGGAGUUAGUUAUAUAGCAGGGGUUUUUAAGUUAUAAUGGUCAUAGCUGUUAACCUAUAAGCAUUUGUGCUUCCAACGUUCAGAGGAAGUGCACUUUUAUUUCUGCCACUGUGUAUGGCAGCUACACUCUUAGCUUUCCCUCCUUACCUCCAUUAUCUAUUGGUCUUUGCUACCACAUUUAUAUUAUUUGGCUGUGUUUUGUGGGUAAUAUUCCACUAUUAAUGGUAUGAUAUUAUGUUGCUUUGCUGGGCUUUUAAAAUAAUCAAAUAUUCUAUUUUUAGUAUCUAUCAUUAUGUAAAAUAUUCUAUAUGCUAUUUUCUUGCUGUAUUGGUUUUAUGUUUUUGCAUCUCAGCUCCUCUGUCCUGCUUUUAUUCUUGCGUUUCUUCUUUCUGAUGGAAUAUAGCAGGUUACAUUAACGCUCUCUAUUACCCUAACUUGUGUAGCGAGAGUAAAUUAAUAUUUUACAGCAUUUGCAUCAUGUUUGACUGUUCCCUGCACUUCAGCAGAAUAGGAGGAGACUGUAAUUUGGACUCUAUAAAGCCUUAUCUGCCAGGUGAUAUGUAAAUAGGAUUGUGUGCACACGCAUCGAUAUACAAGCAAACAUUGUCUCAGCUGUGAGCUCAUAAAGCUCUGUCUGCAAAGCCACAGAACCUGCACCUUGUUUGAAAACGAUUAUCAAGUAUUUUGAUACUUCAUUUGAGAUGUUACUGCAUAAAUGCAAGACCCCCUUAAAAAAAGUACUGUGCAAGAUUAAAUAGAAUUUUGUGAGCUUCUAUUAAACUUGGCUACUAUUUAUAAUUUGUAACUCAACAAGCUUCUUCAUGGAGUGUCUAAAGACAGUGUGUUUUAAGGACUCAAAAGAUAUUAUAGCCUAGAACAACUUACCUUCUCCCUGUACACGCGUAUUACACAUGGGGAAACCAAGGACUGGAAAAAUGACUUCUUGUGCAUAUCAGUCCCAGGCAUGCAACAGAUGCUUUAAUAAAUGCUUGGUCUUUACCUCACAAAAACUACUGCAACACCAAGCUCCCUGAUGGAAAGGAGCAUCGUGAAGCAAGUCACCAGGGUGGUUCAUUCAAGCCGUGGGUUUAUUUGUCAUCCUUGUGUGACAGUCUCCUCCUCCAUCACCACUACAGGGAAGUGCAUCAGCUAUCAGCAUACCGGAGCAUAAUGAACGAGUUUAUUUUGAGGCCUCAAAAGUAGUGCUGCUACAGACCCGGAGCAAGCGGGAGAGAACGGACUUCAUUUCCAAAGGUCUUGAAACACAAACGAUUUUUGGUCCAUGCAUUUUCCAUUGAGUUUCUCUGCUGCCACCCUUUCUACUCAAGCAACGUCUGUGUGAAAAGAUCCACUGGGAAUGAAUUGACUGCUUGUGUUUCUACAUUGUGAUGAAAGCACAUGGUUACAGUGUUCCAAAGAAAUUAGACCAUUUUCCUGGUGAGGAGAAAUCAGCCUGCUGUUUUCGUCGGGUCUUUCUCAUUUCUCUGUGAAAGGAAAAAGGACCUCUCCUGAGCCCAGGCGCUCUCCGGCUUCUGGUGGCAGGUCUCCAUGGUGAAGGACAGGCUGGGACUACCUGUGAAAGGUGCACAGUGAAUGUUAAGGAAAAAAUCUAAAGCUGGAAGAAGAAGAUGUGGAGAAUCUGUAGCAUCUAAAGAAUGCAAAUAUGCUCUUCUGUAGCUCGCUGCUGGGUAACGCUGAACCUGGACUCUCAUCCAGAGCUGCUGUUGGCCGAUUGUACCCACGGGGAGAUGAUUCCUCAUGAAGCACCUGGAUCCCCUACAGAAAUCAAAUGUGACUUUCCAUUUAUCAGACUAAAAUCCGAGCCAGCCAGCCAGUGAAGCAGUCACCGUGGAGGGGGCACGGCGAAAAAUGAAACCCAACCAAGAAAGGAGCAACGAAUGCCUGCCUCCCAAGAAACGCGAGAUCCCCGCCACCAGCCGGCCUUCCGAGGAGAAGGCCACGGCCCCGCCGCACGACAACCACCGGGCGGAGGGCUUGGCAUGGCUGGCCGGCAACGGUGGCGGCCAGGGCCACGGGGGUGGGCGGCACGGGCCGGCCGGGGCUGCUGUGGACCUCGGUUUACCCCAGGGAAUAGGUUUACACAAAUCGUUGUCCACGGGGCUGGACUGCUCCCCGCCCAGCGCUCCCCGGUCGGUCCCGGCGACCACCACGCUGCCCACCGUGUACCCCCCACCGCGGUCGGGGACCCCCGUCUCUCCCGUGCAGUACGCACACCUGCCGCACACUUUCCAGUUCAUCGGGUCCUCCCAGUACAGCGGGCCCUACGCCGGCUUCAUCCCCUCCCAGCUCAUCUCCCCGGCAGCCCACCCCGCCACCAGCGCGGGGGCCUCCGCCGCCAUGGCCACCACCCCGUCCCAGCGCUCCCAGCUGGAGGCUUAUUCCACCCUGCUGGCCAACAUGGGCGGCCUGAGCCAGGCCUCGGCGCACAAGGUUGAGCCGCCCCAGCACCUCAGCAGGACGCCAGGGCUCGUCGCCGCGGGGUCCCCGCCGCCCGCCCAGCAGAACCAGUACGUCCACAUCUCCAGCUCGCCGCAGAGCGCCGGGCGCACCGCCUCCCCGCCGGCCCUCCCCGUCCACCUGCACCCCCACCAGCCGAUGAUACCCCACACGCUCACCCUGGGGCCCUCCUCCCAGGUGGUCGUGCAGUACUCGGACGCCGGCGGUCACUUCGUCCCACGGGAAGCCGCCAAGAAAGCCGAGAGCAGCAGGCUGCAGCAGGCCAUGCAGGCCAAGGAGAUGCUCAACGGCGAGAUGGAGAAGGGCCGCCGGUACGCCGGGCCCCCCUCGGCGGAGCUGGGCCUGGGCAAGGCCGGCGGUAAGUCGGCGCACGCCUACGAGUCCAGGCACAUGGUGGUGCACCCCAGCCCUGCCGAUUACGGCGCUGCGAGGGAUCCGUCCGGCGUCCGGGCCUCUGUGAUGGUCCUGCCCAACAGCGGCGCCCCCGCGGCGGACCUGGAGACGCCGCAGAGCGCGCACCGGGAGGCGUCUCCCUCCACCCUCAACGACAAAGGCGGCCUGCACCUGGGGAAGGCCGGCCACCGCUCCUACGCGCUGUCACCGCAGCAGGCGCUGGGCCCUGAGGGGGUGAAGGCCGCCGUCGCCACGCUGUCGCCCCACACGGUCAUCCAGACGACGCACAGCGCGUCCGAGCCGCUCCCGGUGGGCCUGCCGGCCACGGCCUUCUACGCGGGGCCCCAGCCGCCGGUCAUCGGCUACCUGAGCAGCGGCCAGCAGCAGGCGAUCACGUACGCCAGCAGCCUGCCCCAGCACCUGGUGAUCCCCGGCACCCAGCCCCUGCUCAUCCCAGUCGGCGGCGCCGACAUGGAGGCGCCGGGAGCGGCCCCCGGGAUGGCCACGUCCUCGCCUCAGUUCGCUGCAGUGCCUCACACCUUCGUCACGACCGCCGUGCCCAAGGGCGAGAACUUCACCCCGGAGGCGCUGGCCACACCGGCCGCCUACCCGGCCAUGGUGCAGGCGCAGAUCCACCUGCCCGUGGUGCAGUCGGUGGCGGCCCCGGCCGCUCCGCCCACGCUGCCUCCCUACUUCAUGAAAGGCUCCAUCAUCCAGCUGGCCAACGGGGAGCUGAAGAAGGUGGAGGACUUGAAAACGGAAGACUUCAUCCAGAGCGCCGAGAUCAGCAACGAUCUCAAGAUCGACUCCAGCACCGUGGAGAGGAUCGAGGACAGCCACAGCCCGGGCUGCGCCGUGAUACAGUUUGCAGUCGGGGAGCACCGAGCACAGGUCAGCGUGGAAGUUUUGGUAGAGUAUCCUUUUUUUGUGUUUGGACAGGGCUGGUCAUCUUGCUCUCCAGAGAGAACCAGCCAGCUCUUUGAUUUGCCGUGUUCCAAACUCUCAGUUGGGGAUGUCUGCAUCUCACUUACCCUCAAGACCCUGAAGAACGGCUCUGUUAAAAAGGGCCAGUCUGUGGAUCCCGCCAGCGUCCUGCUGAAGCACUCAAAGACCGACAGCCUCGCCGACAGUAGACUUAGGAGCGCUGAGCAGGAAAACGGAAUCAAUCAGGGAAGUGCCCAGAUGCUCUCGGAGAACGGCGAACUGAAGUUUCCGGAGAAAACAGGAUUGCCCACAGCACCCUUGCUCACCAAAAUAGAACCCAGCAAGCCCGCGGCGACGAGGAAGAGGAGGUGGUCUGCGCCGGAGACCCGCAAACUGGAGAAGUCAGAAGAUGAACCACCUUUGACUCUUCCUAAGCCUUCUCUAAUUCCUCAGGAGGUUAAGAUUUGCAUUGAAGGCCGGUCUAACGUAGGCAAGUAAAGGCAGUGUGGGGCAAGGGGGGAAGGAAAUUCGGCUCACCCUUGUCAUUUUUAUCCAGAUUACUGUACUGUAGGCUAAAUAACACAGUAUUUACAUGUUAUCUUCUUAUUUUUAGGUUUCUGUUAUAACCUUGUCAUUAGAGUUACAGGUGGUGUUUUGCAGGAGACUGGUGCAUAUGCUUUUUCUGCGAGUGUUUGUCCGUGACUGGGCAGGGACAGCCAGGGCUCCAGGCAUCCUGUAUGGAAGGGAAUGUGGCCCCAGAGCUCCUGCCUUUUUUAGCAGCACAGAAACACCCGACAGACAGCCGCUGUCUUCUGCAAGCUGCACGAGGGAGGCCCAUGGGAAGGGAACCGCAGUGAAUGCGCACAGGCAUGGGGGGCGGGUGCCAUGGCGAGUGAGGGUCUCUUUCUCUCUGCCUCCCUCUGUCUCUCUCACUUGCUCUCAGCAGGGGAUUGCAGCUCCCAAGCAAUGUCAUUAUGAGGUUCUCACAUACAAAAUAAACAUCGAGAACCCAGCAUCAAGGUAUCCUAGAGCCUAGGCAUCAGGCAUCAGAUGGAAAGCUAACCUUUUAAAAGAACAUUUGUUUUUUCCUCCGUGUUUCACAAUAAAAGCAACUUUUACUUAUAUAGAUAUAUAUUUCCCCCUAUGGGGCCUGACUGCACUGAUAUAUAUUUUUUUUUUUUUUUAAAAAAAAAAAGCAACUGCCACAUAUGGGAUUGCAUUUCUGCUUUGCUAGUGCAGUGAUUUUUGCCAGGGUGUCUUGGUGGGCAGAGAGCCUCUGCUUGCAGUGCCCCACCUGGAGAGGGUGGGGAGCCAGGGUUGGGGAGACAGCGACACCCACUCUGGUUUCCAUGCAGUGUUAGGAAAACUAAUCAGGUUUUUGCAUUGACUUCGCUCCCAAGAGGUAGCUGCAGACUGCCCUUCGGUGAGAGCAGCCGAAGCUCUUUGCAUCGAGUUUGCAAAUCUUUUGUCUUUUAACUCUAGUACUGUUUAUAGUUCAUGCCUAUGGACAACUCGGGUGCCACUUUUUUUUCAGAUUCCAAUCUGACAUUAAGGAAUUAGAUUUUGAAGAUGAGCAUAUAUUACUAUCUCUAGGCACUUAAAAUGCUGUUCACACAUUGUUACCAAGCAACUUGGUCUGUCAUUCAACAAGUACUGUAUCUCACUUUAAACUGUUUGGGAAGAAAAGAAAAUAAUGAGUUGCUUUCUUUUUUCAACACUGUAACUACAUUUCAGCUCUGCAGAGUUUCUCACGAGCAAGAUAUUGGAAGUUUCAAUGUGGUUUUAAAGGGAUGAAUGUGAAUUUUGACCUAGUAUGUGACAAUAAUGACCACCAAGUACUACCUGACAGGAGGCACUUUUCACUUUGAUAUUUGAGAAAGAGUUAAAGGCAUAUGCAGAGCGGUCAGAGAAAACGGAGAGAAAAGGGAUGGAGGAAAAAAAUACUCAUUUUUGUCCAGUGUUUUUCUUUUUGAGAUGAACUUUUAAAGAACCUUGCAAUUUGCACAUCUUGAGUUCAUAAUUUGUGUGAUAUUCCUGCAGUUUUUAUCCAGUAACAUUGUGGGAAAGGUUUGGGGGACUGAACGAGCAUAAAUAAAUGUAGCAAUUACUUUCUAACCUGCCUAAACUCUAGGCCAUUUUAGAAGGUUAUGUUCCUUUCACAGUUCAUUUUGGUCUUUCUUCUACUUCUGUCACAAAGAACCAGGUCUUAGCAGGACAACUCUGAGAAUUUUCUUCAGAUUCAUUGAGAGAGUUUUCUGUAAAGACAUUUCUAUAUGCGAGCAAGUUAUUUUUUAAACAAUUACUUUAUUAUUGUUGUUAUUCAUGCUAUCUUAGGAAUGACCUUUUUGUUCAUUUUCCAUUUGAAAUCAAAUAAAGAUUUAAGAUUUGGUACAAACCCAGAAAGGGUUUUUUAUGGUUUAAAUCUUUCAUUUCCAGACACCUGAAAUAUUUUGUGGGUUUUGAGUGUGCCUCCUAAAGUGCUUUCAAAAAAAAAAAAAAAACAGUUUUAUAAAUCAGGAGUAAUUUUUGAACAUUCUUACGUAGAAUAAUGGCUGCAACUAAUCUAAACAAAUACUUACCUGAUUUUUCUUUUACCGUUGAAAAUAGGACUUGCUCUUGCAUUUCACAAAUUUUAAAAAUCUAACAUAAAUCCACAUUUUGGCUAUCUUGCAUUACUGUACCUUUAGCUCUCACCAGAACUAAUGACUUUUGCAGACCAUUUUCUGGGGUGUACCAAAACAAACAAGAUGACUCCGUUUGGCAGAGCUAGAACGGUUCCUUGACUCUCCUUGCAUUUUGUUACUCUCUCAGCAUCCAACAGAGUGCUGAGUGGGCCCAUUCUUGCAGUCACAUUGCUUUGUUAAUGCUGUAUUUUUUUUAAUGUUUCUGUCCAGAGAACUUGCUUAAUCUUCCACAUACUCUGCUCAGGGCACUUGCAAUUAUUAGGUUCUGUUUUUCUUAUUGUUUCUUAACCUUUGAUGGUAAGAGGAUUAUGGGGCUGCCAUAUAGACUUUGUUCUCUUCAGUACCACUCUUUACAGCAAGCCAUGUGGGAUCAGAGAAACACACACCACCUUUUGGCUCACAAGGAAGUAGAGCACUGAACUGACUGGAUCCAUUCAACCAACACUAAAAUGGGAAAAUAUUCACAGUUUGGAGCAAUAGGAACAUCAACAUAACUUACAUGCUUCUCUUUCAGGUAUAGGAAUUAUAAAAUAAUUGGUUCUCUCUAAGCAUUGUCCCAUUUCAUUCUCUUGCUUUUUUUUUUUUUUUUUUAGCAUAUGCAAUACUUUCUGUGCCAAUAUAGUCUCACCAGUGUGUUAGCGGUUAAAGCUCAUGUUGGCUUUUUCCUUGUUUGGUCCAUCUUCCCUGACUUGUCCAAAACCUGUUCUGGCCAGAGAAGGGCUGGAGGGAAGGAGCCAGGGAGGGGAAAACUCCAGUUGUCCUCUGCUGUGGAUGCCCCGUGAGUGCCAGGCAGGGAGCCUCGAGAAGCCCUGUUCGUCUGUUGCCACCUUGCAGCAAAAGCAAGGAAAAAGAUGCAGUUGCCCCUGUCACUGCAAGGAACUGUGGAUGUGGAGCGUGGAGAGGAAGGAGCCAGAUUCAUUUCUGAAAACGCUCUCUGGAGCAGAUAAGCCAGGAGCCAGCCCAUUUGCCACAGUCUUUUCUGCAAGUGGACAAGCCCCUCCUCAGGGUCCCUUUCAUGGGACUUUGAGCCACGACUCUGAGUGCAGGCAGGUAGGGUGGCUGGGUGUCCAUACAUAUCCUGAGCGUGCCAGCCAGUGGCCGCGGAGGGGACCGCCCUGCCAGCAGCGGUCACCCCACUUCGCAGCAGCUUUCUCUUCAAAUAGGAAGAACACCCCAAUGACAGGGAGCCUCCUUUUGUUUGUAGACAUCGGUGAGCCCCAUGGCUCCCAAAGCAGCUGUUGUCACUGCUCAGGAGUAUAGCAAACAAAGACAGGGACAGAAAUUCAAUGCCAUUCAGCUUACAAGGAUCAGCCGUGUGCCUCUGUACUAUGUUCUUUGCAAUAGUAACUGACCGCCGUCUUUAGUUCUGACUCCUUUCCUGUUUUUCAUUUUCAAACUAACAACAGCAGGCCUUUUCGUUUACAAUGGAACACAAUCACCAAGAAGUCAGUCAGGGUGAAAAGAAAAAAAAAUAAUAAACCAACAAACAAGAACCUCUCUUUAUAGGGAUUUCUAAAUAUAUAAAAUGACUGUUCCUUAGAAUGUUUAAGUUGAGUGUUAUUUCGGUUUAUCUGGGCCACACAGGUGCGGGGUGGGGUGGGGGUACAGAGAUCGAUGCCACUUACCUCAAAUCUUUGUAAAUGAAAAUCCAAAUCGCAUUUGCAUUUGAACUUUUAGGAUAAUUUUCUAUGUUGGUCCAUUUUUUGUUUUGUUUUGGUUUGUUUUCCCCAACUCACCCAGUUUGGUUUGGGAUGGUUGGACUCUCUUUGCUGUUGAUCCCAUUUGUAACUCUGAAUGGUGACCCUGUUUUUGGUUACGUGAGUGUGUUGGGGUCUCCCCACCCCCAACCAGGAAGUGGCGUCACUUCUCUGUCUCCCCCACAAGGAACUCUGCGGAACCUUUCACACCUCUUACUCAGGGAUGGGGCUGGCGUGCGUGUGGUACACUGACGUGUUGAGAAGCAGCACUUUGACUGCUCUGGAGUAGGGUUGUACAAUUUCAAGGAAUGUUUGGAUUUCCUGCAUCUUAUGGAUUCCUCCUUAGACACUGCAUAGAUUGCAAUAUAAUGCUGCAUGUUCAGGAUGAACGGUAGCUCCUAGUAAUUAUAAAAUCCACUCUUUGCACAUAGUUUGAUCUUUACUGAAAUAUGUUGCCAAAAUUUAUUUUUGUUGUACCUUUGGGAAAAAAAAUUUUUUUUUUAAGGAAACAAAUGAUAAUACCCUUUAACAUCUGUGACUACUAAGAAGACCUGUUUUUUUUUGUAGAGAGAAAAAUAUCUCAGAUGCUUUUGAAGACACUAAUGCCAUACUAUUUCAGAAAUGGGUGGAGCAAAGCUCUUGGGAUGGAAGGCCAAGCGUUUUGAGCUGUGUUGGUUGUCAAGGUUACUGUUUCAUGAACAGCAGCUCAACAAACUGUGGUCUGUUCUCUCCUGAAAACCCUUUGUGAUUCCUGUUUCCUAGUCACCCGCGAUGAUUCCAGGUGAAAAUAGGGCCUGCCGUCUCCGUGGCCCAAUCCAGUUUCUUCAGUGGUGAUUCGAAAGGAAAAGGAAUUACAUUUUUUUUUUCCUUUGGUUUUGUUUUUACAGUGGUGUGGACUGCUUUGCUUCCACAUUUGUGUUUUUAACCCAGAAUUUCUGAAAUAGAAAAUCUAAGAAUACAUCAAGUAAUAAAUAUACAGAGAAUAUACUUUUUUAUAAAGCACAUGCAUAUGCUAUUGUGUGGGGUUGGUUUCCUCUCUUUUUCCAGUGUUGUGUUUCUGUUGAUAGGGAAAAUUCCAAACAACUUGCACAUCUCUACUCCGGAGCUGGAAUUUCUUUUACAUAGAUGACCUCGCUUCAGAUAUGUUACCUUACUGAUAGAAUCUUUUCUUGUAGCACUAUACCUUGUGGGAAUUUUUUUUUUUUUUUUUAAUGUACACCUAAUUUGAGAAGCUGAAGAAAUAAAAUUUUUUAAGCACUCACUUUGAGGAGUACAGGUAAUGUUUUAAAAAAUUGCACAAAAGAAAAAUGAAUGUUGAAAUGAUUCAGUGAGAGAGAUGAAUCUGUUGAGACAAUGAGUUUCACGCCUUGUUUGUAAAAAAAAAAAAAAAAUUUUAAAGUUACAUGUGUUUUUUUGUAUAUAGAAAUCUGUCGUGUCUAAAUGAUCAAAUUUGUAUGGUUAUGGCCUGGAAGAAUUACUACGUAAAAGGCUCUUAAACUAUACCUAUGCUUACUGUUAUGUUUAUGUUACAUACUGCCCUCUUUUGAGAGAGGGGAACUCUGUAUUCUGCUAUUUGAGAAUAUUGUUCAUUCCUAUGCUGAAAGUACUUCUCUGAGCUCCCUUCUUUAGUUUAAACUCUUAAGCCAUCGCAACUCCGUUUUCUUCAGAGAUGACAUCAUGUCUGACAUUUUCAGCACUUCUUGUUCCAAUAAACCCAAAGAAUAUAAUCCUGGACAAGAAGUGUUCAUAACAAGGAAUCCUAGCUACCAAUUAAAAAGGACUCAUUAUGGGGUCAAAAGGAAAAAAAGUUCAGCCUUUCCCCCCACUCACACGUCAUUUAAAUGGGUGGUAAAACAAAUUUAAAUGCCUCCUUUUACUUUAGUUUCAUUUUGAGUUUUUUGUAAUAUUAAGAGGCCAAAAUAAAUAUGAAGCAACUUCUCAGAAGAGCCCUAUUUCUGCCCCCAAAUCAAGUUGGACGACUGGGGGUGGGGGUGGAUAUUAAACAAACCCACCUACAAUUCUUAAAUUCAGAAUCGCAUCCCCUCCCUUGUUGGUAAAUGCCCUUGUCCUGGCAGCAAACAUUCACCUGUACAAUGAAAGAAGAGAGGGAGGGUGGCAGGGAAGAGUGACUUCUGUUUUCCAGGACCCCAGGCCUUGCAUCCUCAUAGUUCAACUGUGUUUAAAUGAAGUGCAUUUGGCCAAUAGGUAGUAUCUAUACAAUAACAGUCUCUAAGAAUUUCCGUAACUUUUCUUCUCUGAAAGAACUCAAGUCUUCCACUGCAGGUAAAUUGGAGACUUCAUCCCAGUUUUCUUUCCCUUUGGUUCAUUUGUUCGUUUGCUGUCUGGAUGGUCAGUGAGAUCCUCCUUUUCCGUGGCCAACCCAAAGGCCUUCGUUGGAAGCGUUGUUUACAGUAAUCCUGAGAUGACAUCCUGUCCCCCAAAAUACCAAGGCGACACUAACUUAGAGCUGUUGUCUUGCAAGAGCAAUUACCAAGAAGCUGGGUCCGUAGGUCUCCUCUGGUUCUUAGGUGGCCCACCACUCUCUCUUAUUAGCCGGGCCAGCAGUGGGGUAAAUGCUUGAACCAGUGACUGCUCCAUGUGGUGUGUGCUCCCUAGUUCGUCGGUUCGGUUCUAUGGAUGCUGCCUGAUUGGCCAUUGCUUCUUCCUCCCCAGCCUGCACUGCUCAGCUGUAAACCCAAACGCCAGGUCAAUGGAAGGGAGAUGUCAGUAGUCCUGUCAGUAUUGGUGGUGGCCUUUGUCCUCAUUUCUAGCCAGUGGAGUCAAGGCCCCAGAGCCACCCCUGAGAUUUGUCCACUGGAUGCUUUAGUAUGGGAGCAUCAACUACCACACUUCCAACCCCCUUCUUCCACAGGCCCAGGGAAAAAGAGACACUAGAUCUUGGUUUAAGGGCCCUUGCAGACUGACGUGGCCAGUACAGAGGAGAACUAGGGAAGGAACGUUGUUUUGCACCUUAUUGAAAAGAAAAUUUUAAGUGCAUACAUAGUUAAGAGCUUUUAUUGUGACAGAACUUUUUUCCAUAUGCGUGCAUACUCUCUGUAAUUCCAGUGUAAAAUAUUGUACUUGCACUAGCUUUUUUAAAACAAAUAUUAAAAAAAAAAAAUGGAAGAAUUCAUAUUCUAUUUUCUAAUCGUGGUGUGUCUAUUUGUAGGAUACACUCGAGUCUGUUUAUUGAAUUUUAUGGUCCCUUUCUUUGAUGGUGCUUGCAGGUUUUUUAGGUAGAAAUUAUUUCAUUAUAAUAAAACAAUGUUUGAUUCAGAAUUUGAACAAAAUUGUUUUAAAUAAAUUGUCUGUAUACCAGUACAAGUUUAUUGUUUCAGUAUACUCGUACUAAUAAAAAUAACAGUGCCAAUUG